UAGAACAACUUCAGUUUUAGUACACCCUCUUUUCUUCUAUAAACAAUUCCAUCCCGAAAGCAGAUAAAGUUACUCAGUUUUUAAUUAUUUUCAUGUGUUCAAUUACUACCUAAAACAGCAAGUGAGUGUUGGGAAUUUAAAUAAUUUUCGAUAAAGAAAGAGUAUUGGCGAGCGGUUCCGUGGUUUCGCUGUCUGUCAAAACAAUCGCAUCGUCACCCUGAGCGCUACCAUUCGUGUUGUUUACAUUUUCUCACCAAACAAAAUUGGUAGAACCUCGCAAGCAGUAAUAAACCCAACAGUGCUCAAAUCCCAGCAGCAAAAACGAGCGACAAAGUGCGACAGAAGAAUAGGCAGUGCUAAAACAACGAAAAAGAAAACAUUUGCAAUACCGUUAAUCCGCGCAUCGUCGCGACCGCGUCUUUGUUCCCUGCCAGAACGAGGCCAUUUCACAAGUGUUGUACCGAGCAAGCACCCCGUGCACAAUCGCUGGAAACGAGAAGGGGUUCACUGGAGGGAAGCAACAGUUGGCAUUGUGUUUGGUGUUUGGUUGUCAUCAUCCGGUUCGCACCCUCUGCAGAAGAAGAAAGUGGGUUACUCGAUGCCGCUGCUUUUACACGUACACGGUCCGCAAAGGAAGGUGCAACGCUGAAAGUGCAUGAGCGUAUGACCAACGGGGGCUGCGAAAGUGUGUACCAAACUUCCGGAAGAUGGACUACGUCUACAUGUCCGGUGGUGAUCCCGGUAAUCCGCGCGCAGAAGACAUCAUUACGCUUACAAUGUAUGAUAACGAUCCGAAUGGUGCGGUGCAGGAGUACCCGGAUGCGGCAGAAUACGGUGCAUUUAACAUCGGUUCGUCCGAGGCAGAGUUCAUCGAGCAUGGUAUGAUUUUGGCGGACGGAGGCGAUCGAUACGGUGUGUCCACCGUUUGUUUCGAUACGCAGGAAGAGCUGAUAUGGAUGGGCAACCAAGGUGGUCACGUAACGUCGUACUACGGCAGCGCGAUGCAAAAGUACACCUCGUUUCAGGUACACACAAACGAAGUCGUACGGCAAAUAGCGACACUCGAUUCCGGCAUUCUAGCCCUUACACCGACCACCUUAAGGCAUCAUAUUCGUCGAGGUUUACCGAAGUUUACGUUUAGAUCGGACCGGAUGGUAGAUAUGGUGUGUAUGAUCGAGCACGCACCAGCCCGUUUGCUGAUGGGAGGCCAUCAGAGUGAUCUGAUCGAGCUGGAUAUUGCGACGGGAUCCGAACUGACGAGUGUUGUUGCAGGCGUGAAUGGCUGUGCAAUCCUACGGCGCCAUUCCCGAUACCUUUGUGCCGGCGAUGCCUACGGGAAGAUAACGCUGCUCGAUCCGAACAGCCUUGCGGCGGAGCACGAACUCUCAACACACUCCGGAAGUUUGUCGGAUUUCGACGUGCAGGGCAACUAUCUUAUCUCGUGCGGUUUAAGCGGUCGCCAGGGUAACCUUACGAUCGAUCGCUUUCUGAUGGUGUACGAUAUGCGCAUGCUGCGAUUGGUUUCCCCCAUUCAGGUGCUAGUAGAACCACAGCUGUUGCGCUUCCUUCCGUCCCACUACUCCCGGUUAGCAGUGGUAUCACCACAUGGGCAACUUCAGCUCGUUGAUACGGUCGAGCUGAGCGAACCGCGCGUUUGUAUGUUCCAGAUCAAUACCAGCGGCACGCAAUGCCUCUCGUUUGACAUUAGCGCUACCAGCCAGGCGAUGGCGUUCGGUGAUCAAUCCGGUCACAUAAAUCUGAUUUCGGCAGCAAAAAUUAACACCCCAACGGUGCAGUUUAAUCCGUACUCACGAGACACCGAGUUUGCCGAUACGAUUGAACCGGCGACACCACUCGUACCGAUUACGGACACAAACUUCCCACUGUCGUCGGUGCUGCUGCCCCAUCUGACAACCGGAGACCGUUGGCUAAGCGAUUGGCCACCGUGGAUGAAUACGUACGAGCAUUGGCGAGCGAAACCGAUCGAACCGGUAGUGAUUGGUACGAUGAAAAUGCAGGGCCCAAUCGGAUACGCGCCAAACCCGCGGACAGGUUUGCGAAAUCAGAUUCCAUAUCUGUUGGAUGGUACGAACGGGACUAUGGUCGCCGGGUCGGCGACAUCCGCCACUCAUGGUUCCGCAACCACUAAAGGCGGUAACGGUUCGGAACAGCAGGGCAUACGGCUGGUUCCGCGCCGGUACCGUAAGGUGGAGGUAAAAUACAGCAAACUCGGCACCCAGGACUUUGACUUUGAGCAUUACAAUCAGACGGGCUUCGUGGGGCUCGAAGCAAACCUGCCAAAUGCGUACUGUAACGCGAUGCUGCAGGUACUGUACUUUAUCAUUCCGCUGCACAAAGCCAUCCUGGCACACUGCUGCACGAAGGAGUUUUGUCUUUCGUGUGAGCUUGGCUUUCUGUUCCACAUGCUCAACGUGGGUAGCUCCAGUUCGCCCUGUCAGGCGAGCAAUUUUCUGCGCUCCUUUCGCACCGUACCGGAAGCAGCUGCCCUCGGUCUGAUCCUUUCGUCCAACAGUGCGAAUGUGAACUUAAUCAGCUUGAUACAAAACUGGAAUCGGUUCGUACUGCACCAGAUUCACUCCGAGCUGGUCGAGGCGAUGAAGAAGCAUGAAACGAUGCACUUUUACGAGCAUGGACAACAUUCGCAACAUCACACGCACGAGCAGGAUAGUGUGCAAAGGUUUCAAAUUCUCAACCUGGGCAACGGAACAUCCACUGCGACGACCCAACCACAAACUGCCGCCGGUAAUGCGGUACAGGAAGAGUCGGAAAUUGGACGUUUGUUUGGCACGCAGCAACAAACGACCCAUCGAUGCAACAAGUGUAACACGACGCGCGUCAAGGACAAUGUGCUGCUUGUCUGCAGCUUACUGUACCCGACCGCAACGACCAACAACGUCGAAGGGACCUUUGGAACCAUUUUAAAACACUCCCUCGGGGUGGAAAAAACCACCCCUGCCUGGUGCGAAACGUGCAACAAGUUUACACCGACGAAUCAAAAAUCCCGCGUAACCGAUCUGCCGGCAAUACUGUCUAUAAACUGUGGUUUGGACAACGAGAAAGAGCUGGAAUAUCUGAAACGCCAAAUGACACGCUCGGCCGGUGCACAAUCUUCGCCGAGCCAGUCGGGGAUGGGCACGGUGCCCGCCUCGGCCGGUGCAGCAGUCGAUCAAACAACGAACGUACCGUUUAAUGGGUCCGGUACGGGCACAAAAAUGUGCCGUUAUGGAACGAACUGUUCACGUGUCGAUUGUCAUUUCGCUCAUCCCAGGAAAUCGUCUCCAUGCGUCAUAUCGGCCGCAACGUCCUCUUCUACAUCGGCUGCUGCGACACACGGUAUGCAAAAGUCUUGGUUCCCGCUCAGCUUCCAGAUGUCACUCGAUGAACAGCAGAACCUGGAUAUUAGCUCGUUGCGAACCGCUUCGAACGGGGAACCGGUAAUUCCUCCGAACGUUACACCAGAAACCGAAACACCAUCGGAUGCAGAAGGCAAGGAGGAAACCACCGCAAAUGCAGAUCCUCUGGACGAACCUGUGCGGGUACAAAAGAUCACAAAAACCUACAACCUGUCCGCAGUGGUUUGCUAUAUCAAUGACGGGUCCCAGCGUAACCUUGUGUCUUUGAUACACGUGCCGGCCUGCUACCAGGAACUAAAGCAACCGGGUGAUUCCAACCCAAUGGGAGGUUGGUACAUUUUCAACGAUUUUAGCAUAUCUCCGGUACCUGUUCAAGAAGCGGUAUGGUUCACACUCGACUGGAAGGUGCCGUGCGUUCUGUUCUACACCAGCAGCGUUCUGGCCGAGGAACAGUGCCGCUUGGGAUUGGGUUUUAACAGUGAGCACUUAACGCCCUACGUAAAUCCCUUCACGACCGAUCUGUACGAAGAGGAAACCACCGAUGACGGCAGUGGACGUGUGCCGGAAGAUGGUGAUGACGAAACGAUCGGUAAAGAUGACGCAGACGACAAACACCCGGCGGCAAGGGAUGCGGAAUCCACCAUUCUGUUUAAAUCGCUCGGGCGCAAUGAGUGCUUCCAGGCCGGUGAUUUGGUCGCAAUGGAUGCAGAAUUCGUAACACUCAAUCCGGAGGAAAGCGAAAUCCGAUCCGAUGGCAAAAUGUCUACCGUAAAACCGAGCCACAUGAGCGUUGCCAGAAUAACGUGCAUUCGCGGUCAGGGCGAUUUCGAAGGUGUACCGUUUAUGGAUGAUUAUAUCUCGACGCAGGAACAGGUCGUGGACUAUCUGACAAAGUUUUCCGGCAUCAAGCCGGGCGAUCUGGAUGCUAACUUUAGCAACAAACGGUUAACCACGCUGAAGAAUUCGUACCAAAAGCUGCGCUUUCUCGUGGACAGUGGUGUAAAGUUUGUGGGCCACGGUUUGCGGAACGAUUUUCGCGUGAUCAACAUCAUCGUACCGCCGGCCCAGGUCGUCGAUACGGUGCAUCUGUUCCAUCUGCCCCACCACCGUAUGGUAUCGUUGCGCUUUCUGGCCUGGCAGUUUCUCGGCAUUAAGAUACAGUCGGAAACGCACGAUUCGAUCGAGGACGCACGGACAGCGCUACAUCUGUACAAACACUAUCUACGGCUGCUGGAGAAGGAUGAGUUUACGCACGCCCUUUCGACGCUGUACGAAACGGGCAAAAAACUGCAGUGGAAGGUGCCAGACUGAUUAGUAUGUGGUUUAGAUGUAAGACAAUGGUGGAGCACAACACAGAUGGAGGAACAUGCAUCAGCUGACCGAAUGCAUUUGCACGGAGAUAUUACUUUAUGCCGUUGGGUGAACGUGUCCCAAGGGGACAUUUGUUGAGAUUUAUGAAAAACAUUUGUUGUGUGUAUGAGAUAUGUAUAGAUUAAACGCUGUAAGAUGCAACCAAUAAAACAAUCUUUCUACAAACUA